UUUUUGGGUAACCCUAACUAAGUAACCCUUCUCUCAUUCUUCCUCUCUUCCUCUCCCAUCACGACAGCUACAGGAGCAAAAUGCCCUCGGACAAUCUCGACGGUGACUCGCCGUGCCACCCACACGCCUGCGCGAUCCAGAGCUGCAUGCAAAAGACGUGGGACCAGGACAAGUGCCAGGCGCUCAUUGACGAUCUGCACCGGUGCUGCGCGCGGUUCUACAUCAAGAAGCCCGGUGCGGCGACGGAGAGCUGCCCGUUGGAGAGCGUCGUCAGGAAGCGAUUAAAGGGCAUGAAUGAGGACGGUCUGCUCAAGGACAUGGAGAAGAACGCAAAGUAGAGCAAGAAACGAGGGGGCGCGGGACCCACGACGAGAAAGGCAAACGGAAACUUGUGUAGCGUGGAGCCCUGCGAUGUCGCCAGGACAUAUGGACAGUUUGACUCAUCUCCUUGUACAGUAAUUGUAGCAGCAGCAGCAGCAGCAUCA